AGGCCCUCGGGGAGACAGCAUGCCAGUAGGGGAGACGGAGACCAAUCACCUACCCAGUGUGCAGCGAUGAGAAGCUCGGGAGGGUCUGACCAGCCUUACAUCUUGAAAGGGAAACCCCUGCUCCUGCGUGUCAGCUGUUACUCGGGGUUCGCCAGUGGCAGCGAGAGGCAGUCGCAGCUUUCAGUCUUCCAGGAUCUCAGCCAGUUCUCUCACUGCAGAGACUGGAGAAGCCCAGCCCGCAGUGUGAAGGGAGAGCCACCGUGGUGCUCACAGCAAGACACCCAGAGUCCCUUCCAGGCAGGGACACCCCUGGAGCGACCCUGUUUCAGCACGAAGUUAUUUGGGUGAGAACUCACCAAGCAUGCACAGCGGGUGCUUCAGCAUAUCCUUUCAUUGAACUCCACACGGCCCUGCUGAGCAGGUGGGCCCACCAUUCUCAGACCCCCAGGGCCCCAUAGACAAGCAAGGACACAGGACCUGGUGGUGCAGGAGAAGGCUGUCCUGCUGGAAAAGGGGGUGACCCUUGCCAUCUAA